UUAACUUAAAAUAGUUAACAUUAACAUGAAAACGACAUACACACAGAAAAGUUCUAUCUAAAUAACUUGUUUUAUUUCUAUUUAACUCAAAUUUAUUCAUAAUGGAAGCAGUUGAAAUGAAUCAAGAUUUAGCUAAAUAUUUAUUAACUGAAGGAGCAUCACUGGUUCUCUUCAAUGUCCCUUCAGGAACUGAAUUCGGUAUAGACAUGAAAUCCUGGAAUACUGGCGAUCAGUUUAAAGGAAUUAAAAUGAUUCCACCAGGCUUACAUUAUGUAUUCUAUAGUUCAGUAAGUGAAUCAACUGGAGAUACUGGCCACCGAGUGGGGUUUCUGCAUGAUUUCAAAUCUAAAGAAAUGGUUAUUAAAUUUUGGGAUAACGAACUUGAAGAACUCACUGACAAGAGUUUAUCUGAUGAAGAAAUUAAUCGUAUAAAAAAUAAUCUUUUAGAACUAGAUAGGUAUUUAGGUCCAUAUCCUUUUGAGAUAUAUGAUAUGUGGAAAGACUUGACGGACAACUUAACAUCAGAACAAGCAAUAAACUUGUCACCUAGUUGUGGCUAUAUAAAGUCAGCUUUAGAACUUCAGUCAUGUAAUGAUAAUGAUAGGCCCAAAGGUGCUCAAAAUACUAGAUCACAUAGAAAACUUAAUUGGGAUAUAUCUGACGAAGAAGGUUUUUUACCAAAUUUGCAUCCUUUACCUGGAACAGCACCUAGAUUAUCAACUUUACCACCUAGAUGUCCAGAAAAUGCUAAACCUGAAGAGAUUACUAAAUAUUUUUUGGAUUCAACACAUUCUCUAGAAUUAUUACUUAGAAGUUAUGAUAGGCCAACAGAUGUAAUUGGUGAAUUACAAUUUAGUUUUGUUAUAUUUCUAAUUGGCCAUAGUGUGGAAGGAUUUCACCAUUGGAAAAAGUUACUCAACAUAUUAUGCACUUCUGAAUUGGCAUUGAAAUUACACACUUCUAUGUAUCUCCAGUUUCUAAAAACAUUGCAUACACAUAUACUGCAAGUUCCAAAUGAAUUUUUAAUUGAUAUAGUGGAUGGAAACAAUUUUCUUUAUGUUAAAAGUAGACAGUUAUUUAAAAACAUAUAUUCUAGUGGUCUAACAGUAUUGAUUAAAAGAGUUGAUAAAAUGAUGGAAGAUUUUACAGAAAAGUUUACUUGGAAUUUUGAGGAUCUUUUGGACGAGGACCAAGAAGAUUUGCCUGUUGUAGUGGAGUUGGAUGACUAAGGUUUUGUUCCAACAUCCUUUUGCUGUCUAUAUUGGAUUAAACAAAUAUAAGGACGAAUUUACUGAUGUAUCUAAAAGGUCUCCAACGAAGCGCAACAUAUUGAUUCUGAAAAUGCUUCAAGAAAAAG